AUGGCUACCGACAAGGGACUCGAGGAUGUCCCCGAGGGUAAGAACUCCUUUCCUCGUCUCUCGCUGCGACUGAACCGCUACGAUUUCGUCGACCUCGUCGGCCUCUGCGACCCCGCGCCAGAAGGCGGUCAGAUCGAGUCCAACUACGACGAGACCGUCGACUCUUUCGAUGAGAUGGCACUCAAGUCUGAGUUGCUCCGAGGCAUCUACGCUUACGGUUUCGAGCGCCCCUCUGCCAUCCAGCAGCGCGCUAUCAUGCCCGUCAUCAAGGGCCACGACGUUAUCGCUCAGGCCCAGUCUGGUACCGGCAAGACCGCCACCUUCUCCAUCUCGGUCCUCCAGAAGAUCGACCCCAGCCUGAAGCAGUGCCAGGCCCUGAUUCUCGCUCCUACCCGUGAGCUGGCUCAGCAGAUCCAGAAGGUCGUCGUCGCUAUCGGUGACUUCAUGAACAUUGAGUGCCACGCCUGCAUUGGUGGCACCAGUGUCCGUGAUGACAUGAAGGCUCUCCAGGACGGCCCCCAGGUCGUCGUCGGUACCCCCGGCCGUGUCCACGACAUGAUCCAGCGUCGUUUCCUCAAGACCGACGGCAUGAAGAUGUUCGUCCUCGACGAGGCCGACGAGAUGCUUUCUCGUGGUUUCACCGAGCAAAUCUACGACAUCUUCCAGCUGCUGCCCCAGUCUACCCAGGUCGUCCUCCUGUCCGCCACCAUGCCCCAGGACGUCCUCGAGGUCACCACCAAGUUCAUGCGCGACCCCGUCAGGAUUCUCGUCAAGAAGGACGAGCUUACCCUCGAGGGUAUCAAGCAGUUCUACAUCGCCGUCGAGAAGGAGGAGUGGAAGCUCGACACCCUCUCCGAUCUGUACGAGACUGUGACCAUCACCCAAGCCGUUAUCUUCUGCAACACCCGCAGAAAGGUCGACUGGCUCACCGACAAGCUCACCGCCCGUGACUUCACCGUCUCCGCCAUGCACGGUGACAUGGACCAGGCUCAGCGUGACCUGAUUAUGAAGGAGUUCCGUUCCGGCUCCUCCCGUGUCCUGAUCGCCACUGACCUGUUGGCCCGUGGUAUCGAUGUCCAGCAGGUCUCCCUGGUCAUCAACUACGAUCUCCCCGCCAACCGGGAGAACUACAUCCACCGUAUCGGUCGUGGUGGUCGUUUCGGCCGAAAGGGUGUCGCCAUCAACUUUGUGACCGCCGACGACGUCCGCAUGAUGCGUGAGAUUGAGCAAUUCUACAGCACCCAGAUCGAGGAGAUGCCCAUGAACGUUGCCGACCUCAUCUAG